GCUCCGCUCCUCGCGCUCAGUCCGCGGGCCGCGCCGCCUGCUCCCGCCGCUCCCGCAGCCGCCCCGCUGCCCGCCCGCCCGGAGCCCCGCGCCCCCAGCCGGACUCCGGCCGGCCCCGGGACCCGCCCUGCCCGCCCCGCUCAGCCGCCCGGGAAGAUGCGGCUGCUCCCGGAAUGGCUCCUCUUGCUCUUUGGCCCGUGGCUCCUUAGGAAGGCCGUUAGUGCCCAGAUACCGGAGUCCGGAAGGCCGCAGUACCUGGAGCUGCGCUCCGCCACGGCCAGAGCCGGCUCCUCUGGCCAACAGCUCCCAGCGCCAAAGUCUUCCGACGGCCUGGGAGCCGCGGGCGCCUGGAGCUGGGCCUGGCCGGCUAACCACACGGGGGCGCUGGCCCGGGCGGGGGCGGCCGGGGCGCCGCCAGCGCAGCGAACCAAGAGGAAGCCGUCCGUCAAAGCGGCCCGCGCCAAAAAGAUCUUCGGCUGGGGGGACUUCUACUUUCGGGUGCAUACCCUCAAGUUCUCGCUGCUGGUGACCGGCAAGAUCGUGGACCAUGUGAACGGGACCUUUAGUGUGUAUUUCCGCCACAACUCUUCCAGCCUGGGCAACCUCACUGUCAGCAUCGUGCCACCUUCCAAACGUGUCGAGUUCGGGGGCGUCUGGCUGCCUGGGCCUGCCCCGCACCCUCUGCAGUCUACGCUGGCCCUGGAGGGGGUGCUUCCUGGGCUGGGGCCCCCGCUGGGGAUGGCAGCCGCAGCUGCGGGGCCUGGGCUUGGGGGCACCCUCGGGGGAGCACUGGCGGGGCCACUCGGGGGCGCGCUGGGAGUGCCUGGGGCCAAAGAGUCACGCGCUUUCAAUUGCCACGUGGAGUACGAGAAGACAAACCGCGCGCGCAAGCACCGCCCGUGCCUGUACGACCCAUCUCAAGUGUGCUUCACUGAGCAUACGCAGAGCCAGGCCGCCUGGCUUUGUGCCAAGCCCUUCAAAGUCAUCUGUAUCUUCGUCUCCUUCCUCAGCUUUGACUACAAACUGGUGCAGAAGGUGUGCCCAGAUUAUAACUUCCAGAGCGAUCACCCCUACUUUGGAUAGUGCGACCCGCGACCCUCCCCAGCCCAAGUCCUGAGCCUCCCGCCAAAUCCUGGCCUCGCUAGGUGGGACCCCUUCCUGUCUCCCUCCACUCCUUUGGCCGUGUCCACCCUUUCCACUGGGAGGGGGGAAGGACCAUUAGCCAGCGUGAGUCCCCUUUUCCUUAUGAAGAGUGCCCACGAGAAUGGGCUAGCCCCCUCCAAAACACCCCAAGAUGGAGGGGUAAGAGCAGCGCCCCACAAUGGGCGUGGCUUGGAGGAGGUCCCAGCCUCCCCUAAGUACACACUGGGCCCCCCAUUCGCCCUUGGCCCAGGGCUGGACACUCCCUUCCCCUGGCCCCUGCAGCUUUAAUAACGCCUAGCCUGGCACCCACAUCCCACCCUGACUUUCUUACCCCCAAGCGCUUGUCCUCCUGUUCCACUCUGUCCCCGCCUAAAGACUGUAAAGGCCUAUAAACCCCAGAGUACCCCUUCCCUUUCCGCCUGUCGAAUGCCUGUCCCCUUUUCCUGGCAACCCCAUUAGGGCAGCAGAAGCAGAACUCCUGGGCAAAGGCGCUGGCCUGGCCUCUGCCCUCUGCACGCCUCCCUCUCAUCCCUGCAGUCCAGCUCCACCUGCCCUCUCCAGCUGCUUCCUCUCAGUGAUAUUUUUUCUACGCCAAAACAGACGGGAAAACGAACAAAAUAAAGUGAAAUCCAAUAUA